UGAUGUGAGACCUCUCCUCCCACAGUAUUUUUCUCUGUGCUACAGCAUACAGCAAGAAUGCUGUUGCAGUGAUCUCUGUGUUGCUACAGUUGCUUUGGAUUACAGCUAUGUACCAAAUUGCAAGGGAAAAAGAAAACCCAGUGUUUUAAUAUACAGGCUGAAUUGCCUUCUGAAGACAGCAUUUUGCUUCUGGUGUAAUUUUAGAAAACCAACUUGGAUGCCCUACGGGGAGAUGCAUCUUUGACAUGGAUUAUAUGUUGGCUCAUCUUCUACAACCUGAGGCAGCGGCGUAUGUGCUACAUAUGAUAGCAGAAUUAAUUGUGGGAAGAGACAAGUCAAAUGGCUACAUCACAAUAAGAAGCUGGUUUAAAAAUACUUGUAUUUCAUGCCAGUAUUUCAAGGCUGGGAAAGCAUAGUAGACCAACAGUAAAAAAAAUUACUUUUUUUUUUUCUAAAUCCAGUUCAAAAAGAGCAAGUAGUCAAUGCAUAUUUUACCAUGCGUUCCCUGAUUAUUUAGCACUGAACCUUUUAUUACACUUGAAAUCAUGGUGUGAGGAUUGGUAGACAACACCCUGCCCCCAUCCUCAACACAUAUCUAGCAACUAAGGACUGUGUCAGGAUGACCUCUGAGGAGACGACAGGGUCUGUUCUCAUCUCUGUGGUACAGGGUAAAGUGAUACCUGCUCAGUCAGCUGGAGAUGAAAAUACUGAAAAUGCUUUGGACACCAGUGUUAUAAAAAGACAUACUGCCAGUCUGGGAAGGCAAACCACACGUGCUCUCUCAUACUUACACAGACUUGAAGAAGAAAGUCUUCAGGGCUCAGUGCCCAAAAUAUUCUCUCUGGCGAAAGAACGACUGACUAAUGACAACAGUAAUGAAAACUUAUGGGAGAGGAACAGGUCCAUCCCUGAUUCAGUGGAAUUUCUUAACAUUAACUGUAACAUUGUGCAGAAGAACUACAAGAGUAGUAUCCCAUGCAGCCAGUUGUAUAAAUCUUGUGAUCCUUUAGCAGGGGGAGAGGCAUGCCUGGAAACUGGAAUUCCUGUUUCACUGGAAAGAGCCAUGCUUGCUGAAAUUCAGCUAAAAAUGAAUGGACCUUCGUUAAGAAGCCAGACAGCAGUAAAUAAGAAUGACAGCAAUGAUACUGAUAAAGUGGCCUUUUUUCACUUUCAUUGUGCUAGUGAAAGGAAUAUAUCAAAGGCUUUGUGCAGUUUACAUAAUGGCUUCAUUUUGGAUGACUGCUUGCAGCCAGUAAGUGUUGGUGAUGGUAACACCACUGGUUCCCCAGUAAUGGAGUUGACAAAUAAUUGUGAGAAUGAAAAUGGGCAGCAGUUGUAUGAAGAUGCCUUAAGGGAUAAGUAUUUAUAUCUGGAAAGAGCACCACGAAAGGUUAAAGUGGCAUGCUCAGGUCACAGCUUUUGUGGAAAUAACUUUACUGGAAGAACACCUUUAAAGCCCUUUCUGAGCCAUUUUGAAGACUGUAAUGAUAACUGUGAAGAAGAGAUGGAAGAGGAUUUUUUUAGAAACAAAAAGGAACGUUCUACUUUAUUAAUAAGACGUUUCUGUAAAAAUGAUAAGGAGGUUAAAAAAUCAGUUUAUACUGGAACAAGAGCAAUUGUUAGGACUUUACCUUCAGGGCACAUAGGAACUGUUGCUUGGAAUUAUGUUGAGCAAAGGAGAAACAAGAGUGGCUUGAAGAUUUCUAGGAUUACAACAGAACAGCUAACUGUAAUCCAGUCCUUAAUAAAAUGGGAAUUUAAUUCCUUUCCUGAGAAGUCUUUAUGGUAUGAGAUCUUCAAUACAGUGAGAGACGAAGAAGGAGCAGAAGAUAUUUUUGAAUAUUUUCCUCGUCUUCUGAGAAGGCACCCAACACUUGAUACAGACUGUAUAUGCAGAGGUGAUGGUUUUUAUAUAAAACCAUGUGUAUCAGGUGCCUACUGUCAAUAUCGGGCCACUUUACAGAGGACUGCACUCUCUAACUAUAUAACUGGUGCUUUACUAGAAGCAACUACAUCAUUAGGAGCAAGAAACGGCCUUUUAAGUAUCUUCGGAGGGUCAACUGGAAGAAUAAUGCUUAAAGAACGUCAAGCCUGUACAUCUAUGGCUGGCUCCAGCGUCCUUCCCUCCAACGCGGCUGGUAUCAGUAAAGAGCUGAUCGAACUGCAGCACCUCAUCCAGUUCCCCGAGGAGGUUGCCAGCAUUCUGACCGAGCAGGAGCAGGAGCUCUACCGGAAAGUCUUACCCAUUGACUACCUCUGCUUUUUAACCAGGGAUUUGGGUAAUGCUGAAUGUCAAAGCAAGCUACCAUCUAUUAAAGCUUCCAUAUCUGCUACUAUUCUUUCUUCCCCCAAUGAUGAACAUAAUGCUGUAGAAGAUCUUGUGACAAGGUUUAAUGAGGUGAGCUCGUGGGUUACCUGGCUGAUCCUGACUGCAGGUUCUAUGGAGGAGAAACGAGAAGUCUUCUCAUAUUUAGUACAUGUGGCAAAAUGCUGCUGGAAUAUGGGCAACUACAAUGCUGUAAUGGAAUUUCUGGCAGGGCUAAGGUCAAGAAAAGUUUUAAAAAUGUGGCAAUUUAUGGACCAGUCUGAUAUUGAAACGAUGCGAAGUCUAAAAGAUGCCAUGGCACAACAUGAGUCAUCAUCUGAAUACAGGAAAGUGGUCAACCGGGCACUCAAUAUUCCAGGCUGUAAAGUUGUUCCUUUCUGUGGUGUAUUUUUAAAAGAGCUUUGUGAAGUUUUGGAUGGAGCAUCAAGCCUUAUCAGACUCUGUCCACGAUAUAACUCCCAGGAUGAAACAUUAGAGUUUGUUUCAGAUUACAGUGGACAAGAUAAUUUCUUGCAACGAGUAGGCCAAGAUGGUUUAAAUAAUCCAGAAAAAGAAUCAACAGCAAACAAUAUAUUUCAAACUAUUCGGAGCUGCAAUCGCAGUUUGGAAUCAGAAGAGGGUGAAGACAAUUUUAGUGAAGGGAGCGAUUCAAGAAAAAACUCUUUGAAGGACAAAAACCGGUACCAAUUUAUAAUCGGAGAUCUUUCAGAUUCCGAAAGUGAUAUAUUUGAGCAGUUGAAAGAGUGGGACACAAAUUCAACAGAAGAGCAGCAAAAGGCUUUCUGCCAUGGGAUAGAACUCAUUCCUUGGUACGUGUUAUCUAUAAGAGCUGACGUCCAUCAGUUCAUGCAACAAGGGGCAACUGUCAUUCAUUAUGACCAGGAGACACAUCUCUCGGCACGUUGCUUUCUUCAACUUCAGCCUGACAAUAGUACUUUGACUUGGACAAAACCCACAACGGUUUGCCCUGCAAAUGCUAAGGCAAAACUGAGUGUGCUGGGUAAUACUGCUGAGCUUGGUAAAUACCAGUUUCUUGGUAAUACUGGACUGAUGGAAGGUUUUUUGGACUUGUUUUCAGCCAAGGCUGUAUAUAUGGGACACUCUGGCAUUGAUAUGCACACUGUGUGUGUUCAAAAUAAACUUUGUAAUAUGUCCCUUGAAGAAAAUGGUAUAACACUACUUUAUGGACUUCAGACUACUGAUAAUAAGUUGCUGCACUUUGUUGCUCCAAAAUAUACUGCGAGAAUGCUAUAUGAUGGAUUGCUGGAAUUGACUAAAGCCGUAAGAAAAAUGAGGAGAUUCCCUGAUCAAAGACUACAGUGGCUACGGAAACAGUAUGUCAGCCUUUACCAGGAGGAUGGAAGGUUUGAAGGCCCCACCUUGGCUCAGGCUGUUGAACUGUUUGGAGGCAGACGAUGGAGUGCAAGGAACACAAGCACGGGAACUCUUACCAAAAGCACCGAGAAACCUAGUGUACAGAGAAACAACACUCUGGGAAUAAGUACAGCUAAGAAAAAGAAGAAAGUACUCAUGAGGGGGGAAAGUGGAGAGGCCACUGAUGAUGAAAUGGCAACUCGGAAGGCAAAAAGCAGUAAGGAAUAUCGUAACAGAAGUGGUUCGGAUCCCCAAGAUAUUGAUGAACAAGAACCAGAUCAAAAUAUUAUUGUUAAUGCUUCUCCAUCUAACAACCUGCCAUCAAGAAGAGCUCACUCUCUGACAGCAUCUGGAUCUCCUAAUUUAGGAGCUACAUCAUCUUCACCAGCAAGACCAGUGUCUUCUCCUGUGAUGUCUUCAAGCAAGAGUCAGUCUAGCACAUGGAGCAGCAGUAGCUGGCAUGGCCGCGUUAAAGGAGGAAUGAAGGGGUUUCAGAACUUUAUGGUGUCUGACAGUAACAUGACUUUUGUGGAAUUUGUAGAGCUCUUCAAGUCUUUCAGUGUCCGUAGCCGCAAGGAUCUGAAAGACCUUUUUGAUGUCUAUGCUGUGCCUUGCAAUCGAUCUGGUUUAGAGCCUGCUCCACUUUACACUAAUUUGAAGAUUGAUGAAAAUAGCAGUGGAUUCCAGCCAGAUUUAGAUUUGUUGACUAGGAAUGUUUCAGACCUUGGUUUGUUCAUUAAGAGCAGGCAGCAACUAUCAGACAACCAGAGACAAAUAUCUGAUGCUAUUGCUGCUGCCAGUAUAGUAACCAAUGGUACUGGAGUUGAAAGCACAUCGCUGGGAAUAUUUGGAGUGGGAAUCCAGCAGCUAAAUGACUUUCUAGUGAAUUGCCAAGGAGAACACUGCACCUAUGAUGAAAUCCUCAGUAUUAUCCAGAAAUUUGAACCCAGUGUCAAUAUGUGCCAGCAGGGGCUGCUAUCUUUUGAAGGAUUUGCAAGAUUUUUGAUGGAUAAAGACAAUUUUGCCUCCAAAAACGAUGAGUCACAAGAGAACGCUGAGGACUUGCACUUUCCACUGUCAUAUUACUACAUAGAAUCUUCACACAAUACUUACCUUACAGGCCAUCAGCUUAAAGGGGAAUCCUCGGUAGAGCUCUACAGCCAGGUUCUUUUACAAGGCUGCAGAAGUGUAGAAUUAGACUGCUGGGAUGGCGAUGAUGGGAUGCCUAUCAUUUAUCAUGGCCACACUCUUACUACUAAGAUCUCUUUCAAGGAGGUAGUUGAAGCUAUUGAUCGCAAUGCGUUUAUUGCCUCUGACAUGCCAAUUAUCAUAUCAAUAGAAAACCACUGUUCAUUGCCUCAGCAACGCAAGAUGGCUGAAAUUUUCAAGAAUGUAUUUGGAGAUAAAUUGGUAACAAAGUUUUUAUUUGAGAGUGACUUUUCUGAUGAUCCCAUGCUUCCUUCACCUGGCCAACUGAAAAGAAAAAUCCUGCUUAAAAACAAGAAGCUGAAAGCCCAUCAAACACCAGUGGAUAUAUUGAAACAAAAGGCUCACCAGCUGGCCCAUAUGCAAGCACAGGCUAGUAAUGGUACUACCAACCCCACGCCUACCAACGAAGAGGAAGAAGAUGAAGAGGAUGAAUACGACUAUGACUAUGAAUCUCUCUCUGAUGAUAACAUUCUUGAAGACCGACCUGAGAAUAAAUUAUCAAGUGAUAAACUGCAGUUUGAAUAUAAUGAAGAGACUGCCAAACGAAUAAAGAAGUCUGAUUGUGCUACUUACAAUAAUAAAGGAAAGGUUUAUGACAUGGAGCUGGGUGAAGAAUUCUAUCUUCCACAAAAUAAAAAGGAAAGCAGACAGAUAGCCCCAGAGCUAUCAGAUCUUGUAAUUUACUGUCAAGCUGUAAAGUUCCCCGGCUUGUCAACUCUAAACCCAUCUGGCUCUAGCAGAGGAAAAGAAAGAAAAAGCAGGAAGUCCAUUUUUGGCAACAAUCCUGGCAGGCUGAGCCCUGGGGAGUCAGCUACUCUUGCCAAAGCAUCUGGAAAAGGUCCUUUUGAUGUGAUGCGGCAGACCUGGGAAGAGCCUUGCUCUCCUUACAACUCCCCAGCUUCUCUCAGUGCUAUCAUAAGGACGCCCAAGUGCUAUCAUAUCUCCUCCCUGAAUGAGAACGCUGCCAAGCGGCUGUGCCGGCGGUACUCUCAGAAGCUGAUCCAGCACACCACCUGUCAGCUCCUGAGGACCUACCCUGCUGCUACGCGCAUCGACUCCUCAAAUCCCCAUCCGCUGAUCUUCUGGCUCCAUGGUGUACAGCUCGUGGCUCUUAACUACCAAACAGAUGAUCUUCCUCUGCAACUUAAUGCAGCGAUGUUUGAGGCUAAUGGUGGCUGUGGAUAUGUUUUGAAACCUCCUGUUCUGUGGGAUAAAAAUUGUUCAAUGUACCAGCAGUUUUGUCCGUUAGAAAGAGAUCUUGAUAAUAAAGAGCCAGCUAUAUAUUCUUUAACAAUUGUGUCUGGACAGAACGUCUGCCCUAGCAAUAGCAUGGGCAGUCCCUGCAUUGAAAUCGAUGUGCUGGGGAUGCCUCUGGAUAGCUGCCAUUUCCGGACAAAGCCCAUUCAUCGCAACACUCUCAACCCCAUGUGGAAUGAACAGUUCCUUUUCCGGGUUCACUUUGAAGAUUUGGUCUUUCUCCGGUUUGCAGUUGUUGAAAAUAAUAGCUCAGCUGUAACAGCUCAGAGAAUCAUUCCCCUAAAAGCUCUAAAAAGAGGCUAUAGGCAUGUCCAGCUCCAUAACCUGCACAAUGAAGCAUUAGAAAUUUCUAGUUUGUUCAUAAACAGCCGGAGAAUGGAAGAAAGUCCCUCUGGAAACACUGUGCCUGCAUCUCUGUUGUUUAGCAUGGGGGAGAGGAAAGCUGCUGGGACUUACAAAGUGACAAUUCAUGGAAUUCCAGGCCCAGAGCCUUUCACUGUUUUUAAUAUAAGUGGUGGGACCACGGCUGCAAAGCUUCUUCAUCAGCUCUUGGCUACCACAAAAGGCACCGAGUCAUGUGCUGCAGACUAUUUUCUGAUGGAAGAGAAAAGCUUUAUAUCUAAAGAAAAGAGUGAAUGCAGAAAACCACCAUUCCAGAGAGUGAUUGGUCCUGAAGAAGGGCUAGUGCAGCUUUUGAACAGUUGGUUCCCAGAAGAAGGAUAUGUUGGAAGGAUUAUCUUUAAAGCCCGAGAGGAAAAUUUAAAUGAGCGAAAUGCCUUUCAAGAAGCAAAGGAAGACACAGCCAUCAGCUCUGAGGAUGACAGUUUCUUUGUUCAGGUGCAUGAUGUCUCCCCAGAGCAACCACGCACCGUCAUCAAAGCUCCCCGCUUUAGCACAGCUCAGGAUGUCAUACAGCAGACUCUUUGCAAAGCCAAAUACUCCUACAGCAUUUUGAGCAAUCCAAAUCCAAGUGAUUAUGUGCUUUUGGAAGAGGUGACAAAAGAGCCAGCAAACAAGAAGUCCUCAACAUCUAAACCAUCCCAGAGGAUUCUCUCUGAUCAAGAGUGUGUGUUUCAUGCCCAAAGCAAGUGGAAGGGAGCAGGAAAAUUUAUCCUUAAACUCAAAGAACAGGUUCAGGCAGCACGAGAUGACAAAAGAAAAGGCAUUUCCUUUACCAGUGAACUCAAGAAGUUAACCAAGUCAAGUAAGCAGUAUCGGGGAUUCAUAUCACCACCUCUGCAGGUGUUGCCGGACAGUCCACAGAGCAAGGAUGAGAGGUCUGCGUGCAGUUUGACUUUCAGUGACAUUAUGGAAUAAUAAGCACCACUGCCUACAGUAGUCUAUUCAGUGCCUUUGAAGGAACCUGCUGCGGACUGAACUGGUCACUAAUUUUGUGCCCUGUGCUACAGAUGCUUAAUCCAGGCAAUACUGCUGGAUUAACAUCCAGAAUCUGGGAAUCCUAAAUGGGAUGUUGUAGAUUGGAAAGAUGCCUGUCAGCUCUCGGAAGUCUUCUCUUCCCUCAUCUUCACAUCUGCAGAUUCUCGGUAGGCGGAUGAAGAAGUUUUCUUGGACUGUACGUUGUAAACAAACAUGUGUUGUCACCCUCCCCUUUUUAAACAAAAGAUAAUUUUAGCCAGUUGCCUUUAAAGAAACUGAAGGCAGAGAACCAGAGUUUUCUUUUAUGUGUAUUAUAUUAAAAUAAUGCACUUUUACCUGAAGAUUUCUGUUAAACACUGUGUUAAGUGAUUGUAAAGAGAUUUAAAUAUACUGUAACUUCCUCUGCCUAUCUGUUUAACUUUGGUGAAUAUACACAAAAUGCUCAAAUUAUUUAUGUUUUAUCUACUUUAACAAAAUAAUGUACAAUAGCUAAAAAACACCUAACUAGUAGUGAUACUUUGACAAGGAACAACAUUUUCUUCUUAUAAAUUCUAGUUUUCCAGGCUUGUGUUUAAAGAAUAUUUAUUAUCAUGUUUCUGAGUACAUGCCAUUGUAUAAUAUAUUUAUCAUAUACUACUUUUUAGAAAAUGCAGAAUUUUUACCUCUCUCUGGAUAUAGAGGAAAAAAUGUUUUAACUUUUCUGGUUGUUUCUUUUCAGCACAAAAUGUUUCAUACCCAAAACUGACCAAACUCAAACCAAUACAUUGAUAAAUGUAAUUAAUAUUUUAAAUUUUGAAUUCAAAAUAACAUUUUUCCAUACAGUCAGGAAAUGUCUUUUUACUUGUCUGUUAAACCCAGAGAGUAUAAAGAACUCUUACACUAUAACUCUUGACGUUUUUGUUUACAUAGAAACACUGUUGUGAAGUUUUACAUUUGCUGAAUUAUCUUUUGAUAUUUAAGCCAGUUAUGGUUGUCUCUUUUAUUUCUCCAUGGGAGUUACUAAUGAGCUUUGUUAGUUAAAACAAUCCAUACCAACAUACAGGGGCACAAAUGAAACAACUGCUGAAAUCGGUCAUCCCUUUGAUUUCCCACAAGAAGUGAACCUGUGGUGAGUAAAUUGCUCUGCACGUGUUUUGUCUCAGUAGAGCAAUCCCUAAAUAAAGCAUUUCAGUUACCUGGUGUGACUAAAUUGGGAAAUGCAUGAAUACAGAGAGUGAUUCAUGCACUCAGUUAUUCCACAUCAACUUUGGCACUCAAGCACAAAACGCUGCUGCUCCUAUAAGAGAAGCUGCAUCAGGCAAAGGAUAGAACUGCAGUGUAAAUAAACUGAGGUUUACUUUUGGUAGUGCAAGGAAAGGUAAAGAAGUUACAGGCAUUAGUCCCGUGACAACCAACAUCCCCCCUGCAGUAAUUAGAAAAUUAAAUAAAAGAAAGCAAAGUCAGUAACUGACAUAUAAACAAGCAGACAGAACCUGCAUUCUGUCACCAGAAGCUAAGUCCUUCACUAUACACUACAGAAAAUGUCUAUAAAGUAGCUAUUACCAAAGCAAAAAAGUGCCCUCUAGAGGUAAUUUCCAGCUUUCAGGAAAAAUAACCACAGACACACAAAAAAGUUGUUUCCCUGUGGAAUAUCCUCCCAGAAGCCAUGCACUUCCCACUGCUUAUCCUCAGUACUGAUGUAGCAAAACAGCACUGGGCAAUUCAGCAACAUGAUCCAAUUAAAACCUCAACCACCUCCUAGCUCAGACGCUGCACACGUGUUACGAAUCCUAACUAUGUAUACAGCCAGCCCCUGUAAGCAUGAGUGUGCUCUCUCUCUACCCCACGGCACACACAUAAUGCCAGACUGAUACUGAGUAAAACGUUAGAAGUGACAACUUACCCAUAGCUUUAUAUGCAUAGUUUGCUUUGGAAUACUUUGGAAUUACUGGGAAAUACAUCAACCUACUGCACAAUGGAACUUUUUUUUUCUUAGUUUCAUUCUCUCUGUUAUUUUAACACAGUAGCAGUUCAUCACCACUAAUUUUUUGGUGUUUUUAUAGCACUUCAGAAACAAUACUUACUUUCCUAUAGAGUUAGCCCUUACCUGUUAGGCGCUUUUUUGUUGUUGUUCAGCAGCAAUGAAAAUAAAUUCUUAACAUCACCUGCAGUAUCAUAGUAGUCUGGAAGACACACUUGUUAAUUCAUUAGAUUCAACACAGAUAGUUCUUACACCCAUGCUGUCAUCCACUAAUGCUCUUCUAUUACAUAGAUUUAAAAAAAAAAAACCUCGGGAAAUCAAGGGAAAACAGUAGCCAUAUCACAUUGUGUAAUGCAGGUCUAACAGUAGCCUGAAGUCCAGUGGCAAUUUAAAAACAGUACUUUUUACUACUUCUGUUAAUAUAAUCAUUUUUUAGCUGUGAGAUUAGUUUAUUAAUAUUUGUAUCUUCCUCAUCAAACAAAGUCUGAAGUUGCUUUUGCUGCUGUUUAUUACAGUGAAAGAGAAAAGCAAAAUAUUUAACUUUCUAUUAAA